CAUGACACCGGACACUACUCUCUUUGCAUAUUGGCAAAGAGCUGCUGAGUUUAGAUCAUAGAUGGAAUGUGACCUUCCAUGUCACCUGUGCAGAGGACAGACCAGCCUGAAAGAGCCAGAGACAGUCAGUAGACUGUGCUCUACAACAGACUAGAUUGGGAAGAGAGAAGACACAGGCACCAUAAAGCAGCAGGUACAGACAGGCAUUAGGUUCACAGGGAGAAAUUUGAAAUCAGCAAGGAGGUGGUGCAUCAGCAGAAAGAACAAAGACCAGGUCUGCCUGAGAGCUGACAUGCCAGGACUCGCCAAGUUAGUGUUUCUGUUUCUUUCUGGGACUCUGUUCAUUCUGGGAAUGCUGGGGAAUGGUUUCAUUGCGGUGGUCAAUGUCAGGAGCUGGUUCAAGAGCAAGAGAAUCUCUUGGUCUGACUUCAUCAUCACUGCACUGGCUCUCUCCAGGAUUGUUCUGCUGUGGAUUCUCUUGACUGAUUCUAUAAUAGUGGCAUUCUUUUUCAACGUCUAUACUGAUGGUACAGCAAGGGGUGUUACUGAUGUUUUCUGGACAUUUACAAACCAUCUGAGCAUUUGGCUGGCUACCUGCCUUGGUGUCCUCUACUGUCUGAAAAUCGCCAGUUUCUCCCACCCGAUGUUCCUCUGGCUCAAGUGGAGAGUGUCCAGGGUGGUCAUGUGGAUGCUGCUGGGCGCCCUGCUCUUCUCCUGUGGCAGUGCCAUGUCUCUGAUUCCUCAGUUUCAGAUCUAUUCUCUUCUCCGUGAAACUGCUGGCACAGGGAAUGUGACUGAGCACCUUAGGAAGCAAAUGGGUAAAUAUCAGCAGAUUCAUGUUCUUAAAAUGCUGCGGUACAUCCCUCCCCUAAUUCUGUCUCUGGCCUCCUACAUCCUGCUCAUCCUGUCCCUGGGGAGGCACAUGCAGCAGAUGCGGCAAAGCAGAACCAGCCCCAGUGAUGCAAGCACUGAGGCCCACAGGAGGGCCAUCAGAAUUAUCCUCUCGUUCCUCUUUCUCUUCCUGUUUUAUUUUCUUGCCUUUUCAAUUACUUCAUACAGUUAUCUCCUCCCAAGCAGGGAGAUGACUAAGUUCAUUGGACAACUAACUACAAUGUUUUAUCCUGUUGGCCACUCAUUCAUUCUCAUUCUGGGGAACAACAAGCUGAAGCAGACCUUUGUGGAGCUGCUCUGCUGUGAGUGUGGUCAUCUGAAGCCUGGAUCCAAAGGACCACUUGCCUCAUAG